CUUGGUUUCACAUUGACGGGGACAUUAUAAGUAUAGUACGCCGUUUGCGAACGCUCAUUCCACAGCCAGGCUCUACUUCUAUGUCCCUGUACACUAUCUUACAAACAUCGGCGCGUUGGUCUACCGUCUCGACACGUCUUCACGUGACCGUAUGUUGGUUCCAAGACGAGAGCUGCAGCUGCCACCCAAGUUCCAACUGUCAGCCUGUGCCAGCCUUAGGCCGUCUUAUUCAACAACUUUGACCUUGCGCUCCUAUUGGGUCCCCUUGCCGCGGUCUUUCCGGCUCGUCUUUGACACCCGUCUAGUGUUGCUCUCAGCGCGUCUCUUGCUCCUCGCGAUGGCCCUGCCAGACUGGAAUGCCAUGACUCAAGCCCUCGAGGCGAUCGGCGAGCAGAUCGCUCUUAUCCCCAACUACGUAGACGAGUUCAAGCAGCAGUAUCCGCUGCAACGAGACGUUAUGCAGCAAAUUGAACAAAUGCGCCAGGAGAUCCAGCAGGGCCACGAACGGCAACAGGCAUUCCAGCAGCAGAUCCAGGCGCAAGUAGCGGCCAUGCAGCAGGGAUUGAGCGCAAUGCAGAAAGGGAUGGCGGAGAUGGAGCUUCGUAUUCAAGCACGGACGACUAAUGCUACCAGGGAUAAUACGCCGUCUCUCGCUUAUGCGCCAAUCCCGGCCGGAGGUGUUGAGCCCCCCAACGGUCCAAAUGAAAGUAUACCUUAGCUACAAGAAGUUGGACUGGCUCGCUUUGACAGCGGAUGAAGCCAUCGUUGUCUCUCGAAGGCUUGGGCACCUGAACUGCCCGCACAAGCCACGGACGAGGACAUGAUGCACCAUCUGACGGACUUCCGGGCCUCUGAUGGAUACUUCAAAUUGACUUUGUAUUUCGGGCGGAAUAAUCAGGCAGACGUGAUUGGGUGUUUAA